AAUGGGCAGCAAAACCUUGCCAGCGCCAGUGCCCAUUCACCCAUCCCUGCAGCUCACCAACUACUCCUUCCUUCAGGCAGUGAAUGGCCUGCCCACGGUGCCCUCGGACCACCUGCCCAACCUGUAUGGUUUCAGUGCCUUGCACGCUGUGCACCUGCACCAGUGGACGCUGGGCUACCCUGCCAUGCACUUGCCGCGCUCCUCUUUCUCCAAAGUGCCGGGCGCCGUGUCCAGCCUGGUGGACACGCGCUUCCCACUGCCCGCCUUUCCCUGGUUUCCUCAUGUAAUCCAGCCUAAGCCCGAGAUCACCGUUGGAGGCAGCGGCCCCUCUGCACUCAAGACCAAGCCACGCUUUGAUUUUGCCAACCUGGCUUUGGCUGCCACGCAGGAAGAUCCAUCCAAGCUUGCCCGGGGGGAGGGUCCUGGGUCCCCCACUGGUGGGCUGGGUGCUCUCCUGGAUGUAACCAAGCUGUCCCCAGAAAAGAAGCCCACAAGGGGACGCCUGCCUUCCAAGACCAAGAAGGAGUUCGUCUGCAAGUUCUGUGGCCGCCACUUCACCAAGUCCUACAACCUCCUUAUCCAUGAGCGGACACACACCGAUGAGCGGCCCUAUACCUGUGACAUCUGCCACAAAGCCUUCCGGAGGCAAGACCACUUACGGGACCACAGAUAUAUUCACUCCAAAGAGAAGCCUUUCAAGUGUCAGGAGUGUGGGAAAGGAUUCUGCCAGUCCAGGACUCUCGCUGUCCACAAGACGCUACACUCACAGGUGAAGGAGCUCAAAACCUCCAAGAUCAAAUGCUAAAGAGAGCCUCCGGGUCACCGGCACCCUGGGUCACGCUGCCCCUUCCUCCAGAGGGACCUGAAGCCGAAGGCGACUCCGGCGGGCAGCGGGAGGGGUUCCCGGGACCUUUCCCUAUCCCAAACUUGUCCCCUGGGACCCGGGCGCACGCGGAACUCGAGAGCCCCGCCCCGAGCCGUGACCCCAGCCACCCGGGCGGCUCCCCCAGGACGCGGCUAAAGUCUUGGCCAAAAGGCGGUACUCACGUGGCGGAAGGGAAACUGCAUUUAAAAAAAGAAGGAAAGCUCCGCGGAGCCGCAGCGGCGCCUCUCCCAGAAGUAUUACUUUUUCUAUUGUUAUUUUAUACGUUUUCUUUAUUAUUUUUUUUCUUUGACCAUAUAAGCUUGUAACUCUGCCUGCGGAGAG